GGGGCGGGCGGGGGGCUCCGGGAGCUGAGCCCCGCCCCCUCCUCCUCCUCCUCCGGACCGCGGAGCCCGGAGCGGGCAUGGGCCGCACUCCGCCGCUCCGGCACCAUGACGCCCGUUCGCUUCGUGGUGGCUGUGAUUCUAGGGGCGCUCCCCGGGGUGGUGGGCUCUGACCCCGUCCUCGUCUACCCCCUCCACUACCGCCACGGCCACCGGCCCCCCGCGGGCCCCCGGGUUCCCUCCCGCCUCCCCACCCCGCGGGCGCACGCCCCGCACCCGCACCCGCAGCCGGCGCCCAGCGCGCAGCCUCCGCGGGCCCUCCACGCGCAGCGCGGGCCCCCGACGGUCCCCGGGGCCUGCCCUGCGGGGGGGCCCUGGGUCAACGUGACGGCCGCGGGCGCCCCGUGUCUGCGCUGGGCGGACGUGCCGCCCCUCCUGGAGCGGCUGCCCCCCGCGGACUGGGCUCCGCUGCGCGGGCAGCGCCACAACUUCUGCCGGAGCCCCGACGGCGCGGGCCCGCCCUGGUGCUUCUACCGGAGCGCGCGGGGCCGCGGGGACUGGGGCCACUGCGCCUGCGGACUCGGCACAGGCUCUGCCUCCCCCGUCCUGCGCCUCGCCGGCGGGAGCAGCGGGCACGAGGGCCGCGUGGAGGUCCGCCAUGCCGGCCAGUGGGGCACCGUCUGCGACGACCAGUGGGACGAUGCGGACGCGGAGGUGGUCUGCCGGCAGCUGGGCCUCAGUGGCAUCGCCAGAGCGUGGACGCGGGCCUACUUCGGCGAAGGCUCCGGCCCGGUGCUGCUGGAUGAGGUGCGCUGCACGGGCAACGAGCUGGCCCUCGAGGAGUGUCCGAGGCGGCCCUGGGGCGAGCACAACUGCGGCCACGGAGAGGACGCCGGCGUGUCCUGCACCCCGCUCACGGAUGGGGCCCUCAGGCUUGCAGGGGGGAAGGACAGCCACGAGGGCCGCCUGGAGGUGUACCACCGGGGCCAGUGGGGGACGGUCUGUGACGACGGCUGGACGGAGCUGAACGCGUACGUGGUGUGCCGGCAGCUGGGGUUCAGGUACGGCAAGCAGGCCCCCGCCAGCCUCUUCGCGGGGAGCACCGGGCCCAUCUGGCUGGACGAGGUCAGCUGCUCCGGACGGGAGACCAGCCUCCUGCAGUGCUCCAGGCCGCCGUGGGGGCACCACGACUGCAGCCACCGCGAGGACGUGGGCGUGGCCUGUGCCCCGCGCGGCGAGGGACACCGGCCAUCGCUGGGUUUCCCCGUCAGACUGGUGGACGGCGAGAAUGAGAGAGAGGGGCGAGUGGAGGUGUUCCUCAGGGGCCAGUGGGGAACCAUCUGCGAUGACGGCUGGACGGACAGGAACGCGGCUGUGACCUGUCGGCAGCUCGGCUUCAGGGGCCCCGCCCGGGCGCGGGCCAUGGCGUACUUCGGGGAAGGCCGGGGGCCCAUCCACAUGGACAACGUGGCGUGCACGGGCAGCGAGCGGGCCCUGGCCGACUGCCUCAAGCAGGAGGUGGGGAGGCACAACUGUCGCCACAGCGAGGACGCGGGCGUCAUUUGUGAUUAUCUCGGCAAGAAGGCGCCAGGGAACGGGGAUAAAGCGCCCGUUCCGCCCGGCUGUGGGCUCCGGCCGAUGCUCCGGCGGCAGAAGCGCAUCGUCGGCGGGAAGAACUCGCUUAGGGGCGGCUGGCCCUGGCAGGUGGCGCUGCGCCUCCGGUCCCCCCGCGGGGACGGCCGGCUCCUCUGCGGGGCCACGCUGCUGAGCAGCUGCUGGGUGCUGACGGCCGCGCACUGCUUCAAGAGGUACGGGAACAGCACGCGGAGCUACGCUGUCCGGGUGGGGGACUACCACACGCUGGUGCCUGAGGAGUUUGAGGAGGAAAUCGGAGUCCAGCAGAUUGUCAUUCACGGGGCGUACCGGCCGGACAGCAGUGACCACGACAUCGCCCUGGUCAGGCUGCAGGGCCCGGACGGGCAGUGCGCCAGGCUCAGCAGCCACGUGCUACCCGCCUGCCUGCCGCUCUGGAGGGAGAGGCCACAGAAGACAGCCUCCAACUGCCACAUCACAGGCUGGGGAGACACAGGCCGCGCCUACGCCCGGACCCUGCAGCAGGCCGCCGUGCCCCUGCUGCCCCGGAGGCGGUGUGCGGAGCGCUACCAGGGCCGCUUCACCGGGAGGAUGCUCUGUGCCGGCAGCCUCCGCGCACACAGCCGGGUGGACAGCUGCCAGGGGGACAGCGGGGGGCCCCUGGUGUGCGAGCGGCCGGGAGCCGGCUGGGCCGUGUACGGGGUGACCUCCUGGGGGCACGGCUGUGGAGCCAAGGGCUCACCCGGCGUUUAUACCAAAGUGUCAGCCUUUGUACCUUGGAUCAAAAGUGUCACCAAACUGUAAUUGGUGGAACCCUCGAGGAAGCGGUACUUAAAAGUGCGUUGGAAACUUUCAACCUCGGCGGUAGUCCUCAGCCAGCGAUGCCCGCCAUGGGGAUGAGGUCCACGUGUGCAGUUGUGACGGGACCCUGGCCCCUCCACUGCGGGGGACCUGUGGCGUGGUGCUGACUGCCCUUCAUUGCAUUGCCGCCUCCCAUGUUAGUGUCCCUGGAGACUAACUUUGUUCCCAUUUGAACCUUAUUUAACUCUAUUUCUCAUCAUCCUCUGGAUAUUGUAUAUAAUGAUUGUGCAAUAAUGUUUUUACCCUUUUUUGGAGAACUUCUGAGUCAGUGAUCUGUGGAUUCAUAUUAUGUGCCCAGGCUUGACGGAAAAAAUACUCAUUACCUCACU